GGUGUUCAUAUAAAAUAAUGGGUUAUUUUUCUUUUCAGUGACAAGCACCUUACCCCCCAGAGCGUUUUUUUUUUACUUUGUGGACAAUAACGAUUCUCUGUCCCAUUUUGCUGUUCCACUUACUGUUUCCAUUGGCAUGUCUAUUAUGAGCUCUGUGUAUAUUAAGGGUUCUUGCUUAUCCAUUUAGGAAGACUGGUGGUAGUCUGUUUACAGCCUCUUCUUCUGAAUUCGACCUCCAUAUGUCUUUGCUUCGAGCUUGUGGUAACUGGUGGGUAUUGGUUCCCUCGUGAAUUUCCAGAAACCUCCUGAACUUUUACUUUUGCCGCUUUGGUUGCUGCUAAUAAAAUAUAUGGUGAGUGGUUAGUCUUGUCAUUCAUUGCCACCAUGAACCUGGUUCUGCUGCUGUCAACUUUCAGUCUCUUUAUUGGAGUGCUUUCAGAAGAGGGUUUGAAUCCUGCUGUUGUGAAUGUUGGAGCUAUAUUCUCAUUCAACACCAUUAAUGGGAAAGUUGCAAAGGUUGCAAUGAAGGCUGCCGAGGAUGAUAUUAACUCCGAUCCAAGUGUUCUUGGUGGAAGGAAAUUGUCUAUACAAGUACAUGAUUCUAACUUCAGCUCAUUUCUAGGCAUUCUUGGAGCACUGCAGUUUAUGGAGACAGAUACCGUAGCAAUAAUUGGUCCACAAAGUUCGGAGAUGGCCCAUGUUCUAUCAAAUCUUGCAAAUGAACUCCAGGUUCCGCUAUUGUCAUUCACGGCUUUAGAUCCCAGCCUGAGCCCUCUCCAGUACCCUUUUUUUGUUCAAACAGCACCUAAUGAUGAAUUCCAGAUGACUGCCAUUGCUGAGAUGGUUAGCUAUUUCAGUUGGAGUGAAGUGAUUGCUAUUUUCAGUGAUGAUGAUCAGAGCAGAAACGGUAUAAUCACAUUAGGCGAUAAACUUGCUGAUAGACGUUGCAGAAUUUCUUAUAAAGCUGCGCUUCCUCCGGACCCAUCGGCCAAAAGAGGUGACGUUUUGAGAGAAUUAAAUAAGAUUCAAAUGAUGGAAUCUCGAAUUAUUGUUCUGCACUCUUUCUCAAGGACAGGUCUCUUGGUCUUUGAAGUGGCCAAGAGCCUUGGAAUGAUGGGAAAAGGAUAUGUUUGGAUAGCUUCUACUUCGCUGUCCACUGUUCUAGAUUCCUUUUCCCCACUUAAACCGGAGAUAGCAAACUCAAUCCAGGGAGCACUUACACUUCGCCCUCAUACACCUGAUUCGAAAAGGAAAAGAGAUUUUAUGUCACGUUGGAACCAGCUGAGUAACGGUUCUAUUGGGUUUAACCCUUAUGGUCUAUAUGCCUAUGACACUGUUUGGAUGAUUGCUCGUGCAGUAAGGUUGUUACUCGAUCAGGGGGGCAAAAUUUCAUUUUCCAACGAUACAAGAUUAGAUGGUAUUAGUGGGAGCACUCUAAAUCUUUCUGCAUUGAAUGCAUUUGAUGGAGGGAAGCAGUUGCUUUCGAAGAUAUUGGAGACAAAUAUGACUGGUCUGACGGGCCAUGUCCAGUUUAAUCAAGACAGAUCCCUGAUAAAUCCUUCUUAUGACAUUAUUAAUGCGGUUGGAAAUGGGCAACGACUGGUUGGAUACUGGUCUAACCACACUGGUUUGUCCAUUGUGCCACCAGAGACACUUUAUUCGGAAAAGCCUAAUCGGUCAAGUUCAAACCAACAUUUAGACAAGGUGGUAUGGCCUGGAGGAGAAACAGCAAGACCUCGAGGGUGGGUUUUUCCUAACAAUGGAAGAGAAUUAAAAAUUGGAAUUCCAAGGCGAGUUAGUUACCGAGACUUUGUCUUGUUAGUCAAUGGCACGGAUAAGGUGCAAGGAUAUUGCAUAGACGUUUUCCUUGCUGCAAUUAAAUUGCUGCCAUAUGCUUUUCCAUACAGGUUUAUCCCAUUUGGAGAUGGCCAUAAGAACCCAAGCUAUUAUGAGCUUGUCAAUAAAAUUAAGUCCGGAGUCUUUGAUGGCGUGGUGGGUGAUAUUGCCAUUGUGACAAACCGAACAAGAAUAGUUGAUUUCACUCUGCCAUAUAUAGAAUCAGGGCUGGUUGUGGUAGCUCCAGUGAAAAAGAUAAGUUCGAGUGCUUGGUCCUUCGCACGGCCAUUUACUCCAUUGAUGUGGGCAGUCACAGCUGCAUUUUUCCUCAUUGUGGGAUCAGUUGUGUGGAUCCUUGAGCAUAGAAGAAAUGAUGAAUUCCGGGGCUCUCCAAAGCAGCAAUUUGUCACAAUUUUGUGGUUCAGCUUCUCUACAAUGUUUUUUUCCCAUAGAGAAAACACAGUGAGCUCACUUGGACGCCUAGUACUGAUUAUCUGGCUUUUUGUGGUUUUGAUCAUCAACUCAAGCUAUACUGCAAGCCUGACAUCAUUCCUCACAGUGCAACAGUUAUCAUCACCCAUCAAAGGGAUUGAUACCUUAAUUGGUAGCAAUGAACGAAUAGGCUUCCAGGUAGGAUCUUUUACUGAAGGCUAUCUGAUGGAGGAACUCAAUAUUCCAAAAUCUAGACUCGUUCCACUUGGAUCACCAGAAGAGUAUGCCCUUGCCCUUGAGAGGAGAAAUGUAGCUGCAGUAAUCGAUGAGCGACCAUAUGUGGACCUCUUCCUCUCAGAACACUGCGAAUUCUCUGUUAGAGGCCAGGAGUUUACGAAAAGCGGAUGGGGAUUUGCAUUUCCUAGAGACUCGCCAUUGGCCAUUGACAUGUCUACUGCCAUUCUUUCUCUAUCUGAGAAUGGUGAGCUUCAGAAGAUUCACGACAGAUGGCUGUCAAAAAGUGCUUGUAGUUCCGAGAAUAGUGAGGAUGAUAUUGAACAGCUCGACUUAAAAAGCUUCUGGGGGCUAUUUGUUAUAUGUGGAAUUGCAUGUAUGCUUGCUCUCCUUGUGUACUUCUGGCUGAUGUUCCGCAAGUUCAGCCGGCUGCCUCCCGAGGAACUUGAUACCACCAGUCCUAGUACCUCCCGUUCCACUCGUCUUCAAACAUUUUUGUCAUUUGUUGAUGAGAAGGUAGAGAAACCAAAAAGCAGCUCAAAAAGAAAACGCGAGAGUAUGUCUCGAAUUGGAUAUCAUAUAAAUGAUGAAUCGCCACAUAGAUCUGGGAGUAUGGAGAGGAAUAUGUCCCAGAAUGGUGAUAGUUGGCUUACUCAAUAAUUUGGUCAGUUCUAGCUGUAUACUUCUCUCACAUUUCAUUUCAUCCUCAGGUUGAAAAAGAAUUGGCUUUUGGGUCGAUUCUUCCCCCCCCCCCCCUUCCCCCUCUCUCCCUUUUCUCUGCUCUACCAGUUCUCCUGUAUUUUCUGCUGAAUCCAAUCGUCUAUACAAAGGCAUUAGCUUAAAAAUGUAGCAUAUGUGAGUAUUAUUCUUAAGAAACAGUGCAAAAGCCAUGUUUCUAAACUACAGCAUAUAGAAUAGAUUACUGCACUUCUUUCUUCAAA